AUCACUUGGGCGCUGGUCAAAACAGAGCCUCAGUCUCAUGCUAAUUGUAAGACCUCUGGCAGGCGAUCUACUAAGAACAUUCGCCGUACCAAUGCAUACAAACAACCGACUUUGAGUCCUUCGAGAUGAGAUGACUUUAGGUUUGCGACCAAAGUUCACACUGUGUAAUGAAUCAUAUGUCGGCGCAGAUGGAAACAGAAUAGUCUCCCAGUCCCCAAAAAGACAGAGUAGGCUGUCAAACAAAGAAACCAUCUACUGGUGCAGAGUUACACCCAUGUAGCAACCUGCAACGUGACGUCAGACUCCAGCCACAGCUAGAAUAUAGAAUGUAUUAUGGCAUAGCUCCAGGUCCUGAUUUUCCCCAAUGGUCACACCUUCCACUCGAAUGACAACAUGUCUGAUGAAUACAGCUAUGAGAGAAUUGACACAGAUAGGCGCGAGAUACGUCUACUCGUAAUUCACUGUCCGCCGGGAACAAACAGUGAUUUGGUUUGCUGCGACUUCAAGUAUAUCUCGCUUCUUGACGACCCAGUUACAGAGUACAAAACCAUAUCUUAUGCCUGGGGCGCCGACUAUCCAAAGGCGAAGAUAUCUAUCGGGGGUAAACAACUUGUUGUACCCCUGAAUGCCGAAAAGGCGCUUCGAUGCUUUCGACUGCCCGAUCAGGACCGCGUACUAUGGAUUGACGCCGCGUAUAUCAACCAAGCAGACGACGGUGAAGAUGGCGAAAAGGGACCUCAAGUCCGGUACAUGAGUCUGAUAUAUUCGAAAUCUCAGGGAAACCUAGUGCAUCUUGGUGAUGACGCUGAUGGGCUUGGAGGAUUAGCGUUCAAGACGGUGCGAUACCUGCGAGACAACAGACUGAGCAUGCUUGACGAUGAUGCGAUCAAGCCGGACUCCGACGAGGCGAGAGCACUCUCCAGCCUGUUCUCCUGCCCGUGGUUCUGUCGUGCUUGGGUUGUGCAGGAAGUAGUCCUUGGAGGCCCGGCACAUUGCUUCCUCGGCACACACGACAUCUGGAUCAAGGCAUUUCUAGAAUGUGCGCUCUUUGUCGGCAUGGAGAGAAAAUGGCAAAGUGAUGCAGGUCAGCUUGCCGAGAAGUUCGGUCGCAGUGCUGCUAUGGCUAUAGACAACUUGAUCACCCUACGCGAUGUUCGCCAAAAAUACAAGGAAGGGUGGUCUGGACUUCAGGAAAAGCCUGAUAUUGCAACACUGCUGCAGAGGAGAAGACAGUGCAAGGAUCCAAGAGACAUGGUGUAUAGCAUUGUCGGUCUCUGGGAUCCAGAUGUGACACGCGAUAUACCACCACGGCUGAGGAUUCGAUACGAGGCCUCGGUGCCGGACGUGUACAGAUCGACAACAAGGUAUUCUAUUCGAACCCGGGACGGUCCGUACAUCCUGCAUCAGGUUGCUCAUCGAACGGAUGGGGACUUAGAGGAAAAUGACAUACCAGCAUGGGCAUAUCAAGAGAACGGUACGGUCGAGGAGCACAAUUUCCCCACUUGGGUACCUCGUUGGGACCGUGAUACAGAAGAAGGUGCACCACAUGACCUGAGUGUACAUUUCAAAUGCUGGCAUCCGUGGAAUGCACUGGUCAAGCGCGCAGACAAAUGCGAGGAUUCUAUAGCGAACAUUCUAACUCUCGAUGGGAUUAUGAUCGAUACUGUCAGCGCAGUGACCUCACCUCUCCGAGCGGACCAACAGCGUGAUCCUGUUGCAUUGCACAGCUUCGUGGAAGCUGUUGAGAGGAUCACAAGAGGAGUUAUGGACGGGGAUGUCACAGAUUCGGUCGCAGAGACACUCAUUGCAGGGUGUCAGAAUCCACACAAACUCGCUACAGCAGAACACUGGGCUCCAUAUGAGACAUUCCGAGAGCAUCUUACUCAGAUUGUAAAGACUGGGGUGGACAUGCGCCUUCCGCAAGCUAUGCAUGCGGGAGGAGGCAGGAAAGCUUAUUUCACACGACUUGUGACCGCGUGUCUCUGGCGUCGGUUCAUAGCCACAAAGGAUGGACAUCUAGGGCUUGCGCCGCGGGCGACAAGGGAGGGUGAUGUCCUAGUGGCUCUGCGGAACGGCAUGUGGCCUUUUGUGCUGAGGCCUAUGGUAAGCGAGAGCGGUGUAGAAAGCAAGUAUCAAUUUCUCGGCCAAGCAUAUCUGAGAGGAUUCAUGCAGGGCGAGAUUGUGCAGCAGUGUACUGAUGGAAGAAGAGAGACUCAAACGUUCAGUAUGGUAUAAUGGUCUCUGAUCAAGACGAGUCUGAGCAUCUUUCAAUGUCGAAAAAGAAGAGGGUCUUUUGAUAGGCACCGUUUCAAGGGUCACAAAUCAAAGACACAGACACAGAUAGCAAGGACUUUGAUGGUUAUUUGGCCCCUCAGAUGGUUACGAGGACGGGCGCAGGAGGUGAGCUGCGCUUUGGUUUAGGAUUCGGAAUACGAGAUUAGACCCACGAGCAAGGCUGACUUUAACCGGAGACGUAAUACAUAGUCCGAUCCGAGUCAACAACAUAGAGGCUGUGCAUAUCACCGACGGCGCAACACCGACCCGACCCCGUUCUAGCUUCUAUAUCAAGCUGAUGCCAAGCCAUCGCCAAGGAUACACAACAGAGCUUGGUAUGUCUGGCAGCCGCGGAAUUG